AGAGUGAUCGUUACAAACAAACGUCUUAAAUACUCAGAUGAAAAAUUUGUUGAUAUCCGUAAUCGAUACUUUUUAUUUGCGUUUAUCAUAGAUGGGGAUAUAAAAUCCGUUACAGUGAUGGCACUGCCACCUAAUCAGUUUCAAGCAGGAUCCGCCGCUAUUCCUUCAACUCAGGUUGAGCUGAGUGUGUCGUGCAGGGGACUGAGAGAUCUGGAUGCAUUUUCUAAAUCUGAUCCUAUGUGUGUUUUAUUCACUAAAGAUGCCAAAACUGGCCAGUUUUAUGAGUUUGGUAGAACUGAGACAAUUCAAGACAACUUAAAUCCUGAUUUCGUAAAGAAAUUUGUCAUCCACUACUAUUUUGAGGAAAGUCAAAAACUGAAACUGGAAAUAUAUGAUGUGGAUUCAAAAAGUAGCAGACUUGCUGACCAUGAUUUUCUUGGAAGGAUGGAAUGUACUCUGGGAGAACUUGUAGCAGCAGGAGGAAACUUUGAGAAACCACUCAUUGGUCAAGGAAGGAAUAAUGGAAAAAUCAUAGUGCGUGCAGAAGAACUAAUUAAUUGUAAGGAAACAAUGCACAUGCAGUUUCAAGGGAUUAAACUAGAUAAGAAGGAUUUUUUUGGAAAGUCUGACCCGUAUCUGGAAUUCUUUCGUGUAAACGAAGACAACAGCUACACAGUCGUACAUAGAACGGAGAUCAUAAAGAACACGUUGAACCCUACCUGGGCCCCAUGUAGGAUUCCUGCUCGGACACUGAGUAAUGGCGACUAUGACAGGAACAUUCUAGUGAAAUGCUGGGACUGGAAUAGCAGUGGAAAUCCAGACCUGAUUGGUGAAUUCUCCACAAAUCUAAGGGAGCUUACCAAAGGUCCAGGAACCAACAAUCAUUAUGAGCUCAUUAACCGUCAUAUGAAAGAAAAGAAGAAGAGCAAGUAUAAGAACUCUGGAGUGAUUUCCUUGAUGAGCUGUAAAGUAGAGCAAGAGUUCUCUUUCCUGGAUUACAUCACCUCAGGAACAGAGAUGGCGUUCACAGUUGCUGUGGAUUUUACACAGUCCAAUGGCAGCCCUUCGCAGCCAAAUUCACUGCAUUAUAUCAACCCCUAUGGGCAGCCCAACCAGUAUCAGAUGGCCAUACAGGCCGUGGGUGACAUCAUACAGGACUAUGACAGUGAUAAGAUGUUUCCUGCAUUAGGUUUUGGUGCCCGGUUUCCUGAUAACAGUGUACAGCAUGAGUUUGCACUGAAUUUCAACCCCCAGAACCCUUAUUGCGCGGGCGUGCAAGGCAUUUUAGGGGCAUACAAUAACGCAAUCAGGUGUGUGCAGUUGUAUGGACCAACAAACUUUGCACCUUGCAUCAACCAUGUGGCCAGAUUUGCGGCUACCAAGAGGGAUGGCUCCUGCUAUUUCGUGUUACUGAUCAUCACUGAUGGUGUGAUUACAGAUAUGCCUCAGACCAUACAGGCUAUCAUCAAUGCCUCCACUUUGCCGAUGUCAAUAAUAAUCAUAGGAGUUGGAUUAGCCGACUUUGAAGCCAUGAAUUUGUUGGACGGAGAUGAUCAGCGGUUGAACUAUCAAGGCCGAUAUGCCCAGAGAGACAUUGUUCAGUUUGUUCCGUUCAGAAACUUCAACCAGCAAUACUCUAACCAAGGCUUCCACGUGGCCCAAGCUGCAUUAGCAAAAGAAGUGCUGGCAGAAAUACCUGAACAAGUCGUCUCCUACAUGAAAUUGAACAAUCUGUUACCAAAGCAACUACAACAACAAACUGGCAGACAGCAUUAGCUGAGGAAGUACUAUAAAUUUUGUUUAGAAAUUUCAUACAUGAAAAUAGUUUGCCAAGGCAAAAAACUACAACCACCAACAGUUAAGGCAUUAAAAGAUAUGAAACUAUGCCUAUAAAUGGUCUUCACCCCAGAAGAUUAACACUAAAAGUUCUUCAAAGCAAUAUCUACAAUUGGUCAGACAUGAUAAAAGACUACUUACAAAACUAGUUCUUACAGAAAUGUCUGAACAACUAGUCUAGAAGUACUAGUAUAUGAAAAUGAACAAUCUGUAAGCAACAAAUACAAUUUCAAUCAGGCAGGGUAAGCAUUGGUUAUGAAGUCUUUUAUAUAAAGGUUCAGCAGUUGUUUGAAAAGUCUUUCAUGUCAUUCUGUACGGACCAAUACUGAUCGAUUGUAAAAAAAAAUAGUUUAACUUUUUUUUUUCAGCACACACACUCAAAACAAAGAUUGGUCAUGCAAAUCAAAUUUAAUUGAAUUAAAUAGACUUUGACUACAUUUAUUUGACUCCGACAGCUCAAGUGUUAGGUUGUAGAGAAGAAAACAUUUUACAACCAAAGUUCUUACAUUUGUCAAUUUUAAAAUGUUCUGUGCAAUAUUUUUAUUAAACUUUACCAUUGCAAAAACAACUCAAAAGUGACAUUAGUGGUGAUAUUAUCAAAUGACAUUAAACAAAAUGCUUUUUGCGUUAUUUAUUGUUUCGAAAAUGAUACUGCAUGUUUUUAUUAUCAAAAACUAUAUAAACUAAUUUAUUUUUUUAACCCUUUCCCACUCAGAAGCAAUGUGAAAUUGUCUACGUGCAAACAGCAUAAAGCCAGAACAGCCUGUUCAGAUUUUAUGCUGUUUGCUGCUCAUCAGUAUCUAAGGGUCGGAAAUGAAGCCUGUAAAACUUGAAUCUAGUAAGAAAGGUCUUUAAUUAAACUUAACUUUCUAAGGGACUUCAAAUGCGUCAAAUUAUGAAUUUAAGUGGUGAAGGGUUACAGGACUUCUUCACAGAGUUUCAAAAAUGCCAAUAAAUGUUUUAAACACCCCCCCCCCCCCCCCCCCCCCCCCCCCCCCCCCCCCCCGAUAUGUGGAGUAGUAAAAAAUAAUGAUCAAAGCAAGAAAAAAACUUGGAUUGAACCUAGGACCUCUAGAUACAGAGCUGAUGAGUUAUCCAACUGAGGCUGGUGGGAGUAAAAGCGUAUUUUCAACAGUUUCUUAGUAAUACAAAUAUUUUCAAAACUAAUGACGAAAAGUAUUGCAAGCGCCUUAUAAGUUAAAAGAUUUAGGUGGAUGAGUGUUGAUAAACAAACAUAUAUAUGAAGCGUUUUCUGUAACUAGAAUACUAUUUUGCUUUUAAAAGUAAAUGCAUUCAUUUUUGUUUUAAAUAUAAGACUUAUUUCGUUAAUUGUCAUGUUCCCAAAAGUGAAUAAGUGAUUGUAAAUAUUUGUUUUUAUUUAUCUGUAUUUAUUGUUACUAUUGUAAAUUGCAUCUCUAUGUACUUGUACAACAUGUUAUUCUUGAUUUUUUAUACUUCAUAAUGUACAGAUUUAUUUAUGUAUGUUUGCCUUUUGUUAAUAUCCAGGGCCCAUAUUCAUCAACCGAUUCUUAGACUUAAGAAUAAAGAAUAGACUUAGAACCAAGAAAAAUGUGUUCAGUGUUUGAAUAUAUACAGGCCUCCACUGGUGAAUAAUAAUAUAGAUAGAGAUGUUUAUUCUUGAAUAUUCUAAUUUAAAGAAUUUUCUUUAUUAUUAGACUUAAGUCUAAGAAUUGUUUGGUGAAUACGGGCCCUGUUAAAAUUUUAACAACGGUUGUUUAUUUUUACAAUACCAUGCAAUGGUGUUAUAGCUUUAUAGUUGUCUUGAAUAUGCAAAUACAAGUGUGUGUGUGUGUUGGCAGACCAGCUACCAUGUGCUAGAUAACCUAUAAGUUGACAACAUUUCUAGAAGCAUGAAUAUGAAUGCAGCUUUUUCCGCUAUGUAUGAAUAAUAUGCAAAAUACCACCAUCAUUUUUCACAAUGUUGAUCCAUAUAUCUGAAUAAUCUGCUUUCAUAACUAUUGUGUUAAAUCAAAUAACCGGUAUAUAUUAUGAAGUACAUUUUCUGUUGAUUUAAGUUCUGUAAAAUGACAGAAAAAAUACUUGAACCUGUACUAAAAAGCAAUAAAUCAGAUAAAUAUCUAUGUGCAUGUAUUUCUUUUCAAGAUAAUGUUAUUUUGUUUUAUUUCAAUCCACAAACAUACAUUUCAAUGUAGCUAAUGUUAUAUACUUUCAAGAUGUUAUAUAAAGGUAUUUGUUGUAGACUUGUAAGUUAUUUUUUUGCAAUAAUUUUUCCACAAGGUAAUAUUCUUGUAUUCGUCUUUUGUUUGACAAGGAAGUUUAACAACCAGUGUUCUUUUUUUAAGUUCUACAAAUGCUCAGGCUUUCAAAGUUUACUAUUCUAGUUUGUUACUGGUCAUGUUAGUGUAUUUUCACUGCAAUAUGUCAUUUAAAUUAUGUGUAUUAAGCGAUAUAAGUAUUGUAGAAAUCUGUAAUGGUUGUGGGUGUUUAAAUAUAAAAAGUGUAUUUCAUUUAUUAUAUAUCAUAUAAUAGGAAAGUGUAAGUGAAAAAUAAAUUAUAGUGUGAGAUUAUUUAAAACAGAAAUGUGUGACUGGUUUCAGCAUUUAAUAUUAUUGUUUAUGCUAGUUCAUUUUGUACAUGAAUACAUUAAAAGCUAUUUUUGUUAUGCUCUUUGUGUUUUACUAUGUCAUUAGAUGUAAAAUGAAGAUUAAUUGAAAUGAGGACAUGUCCCUACUUUAGAUGUAAAUGUUCACAUUUACAAAGAAAUUUGCAGUUAAUUAGAAUAUGAGUGAACAGAAUAUAUAUAUUUUUUAUGUGUUUUUGCAAAAUAUAGUGUAGGAAUUUAUUAGAAAAAAUGUAGUGUUUUAUCAAUAAAAAGUUUAAUUUGCAUUUUUAUACCUUAUAAUCUUUACAAUGUAUAUUAUUGGUUAUCUUUAAUUAAAGUAUUUAAUAAUCA